UUUUUUUUGAAAAAGUUCUUUCAGCUGGUAGAUCUUGAAGAACAAUUAGGAGCGGAAAAACUCGCUCGAAAUGUUACUGAACGCGAACUUGAGCAGUUGCGGCAUGAGAGGAACUCUCUGAAUAAAGUCUUGGAACAGACCAAGUUUGCUCUCUCUAAUGAAGAAUCUCGUAGAGAGGAAGCGGAAGAGAAUGUUAAAAAAGCAACAGAAGCUGUUGAGAGAGUCCAAGAACAAAUGAGAGAUCUGCAGUUAACAUUAACUGCACAAAAGGCACAGUUUGAAGAAAAACUCAAAGAUGCUGAGGAGAAAGCAGUUGAGUUGACGGAGAACAUAGAAAAUAGUGCGGAGCUGAUUAAGGGCUUGGAAGAGAUAAAGGCGAAAUCUGAAGAGCAGAUUCAAACGUUGCAAUCGGAGAAUGCAUUGCAAACCAAGAAGUGCGAGGAGAAGAUCGCUGAGGUGGAACAGGCUAUGAUACGAGUGCAUGAACUAGAACAAGAGGUAGACCAGCUUCGGAAAUCCAAAGAAAACUUACUUGUAGAAGUCCAGUUAGCCAAACACGUGUACGAAGAAAAUCAAACUGAGAUUGAGAAGUUAAACUGUGCAUCUGCUGAAUCCAAAAAGGUUAUCGGUUCCCUUGAGAUGGAACUGGAUUGUUUAAAGUGUCAAUUGGCAGCUGCUAACGAAAAAUCAAAUGAAGCUGCAGAAUUGCAGCAGGCACUGGAGACACUCAAAUGUGAGACUGCUGCCAUCACUUCCGAACGCGAUGCCUUUAAGGAUCGACUGCGUGUGGCUGAAGAUUCGAACAAGAAGUUCAUUGAAGAAGCAGAUAGGGGAAAGGAAGCCCUAGCACAAGCUCAAGAGAAAUCAGUUGUUCUUGCAAGUCAAAUGGCUGUAAUUGAAGAAAAGUUUCGCGAAAAGGAGAAAAAUUGUGAAGAGGCAGUAGCCGCACUUGAACAGGCGAAAGGAACAAUAGCGGUAUUGGAAAACGAAAAAGCUUUGUUGAGGAGUGAACUGAGUUCCUUGGAAGCAGAGCUUGAAUCCACAAAAAAACAGAGUACUGAAGAAAUUGGUCUAGCGCAACAGAAAGAACAGAAAAACUCCAAAGAAGUUACUAAACUACGGGAAGCCCUUGUCGAAAAAGAACGUUUUGCGGAUGAGCUGGCGAAAAAAUGUGACAAGUUUGAAGAAACUGAGGCUGAGCUGAAAGAACAAAUCAAUUGUCUGAACAAGGAACGUGAUCAGCUAAAGUCGCAAAUAAGCUCAUCAGAGAAAUUAGUGAUGUCCAACACCAAUGAAGAAGGUUUCAAGGAAAAGAUUGCAGCACUCGAGGGAGAAAUUCAUAUGUUGAAAGUGGAGAAGGAUCAGCUUAAGAGGAUUGCUAAUUACGCCGAAUGCAAUGAGAUAAAUGAGUUGAAACGUUAUCUGGCCAUAAAAGACGAAACUAUUGAAUAUUUGGAAAAGCAAUGCGAUGAAGUUGACGAUUUGGAGGCGAAGUAUCAACAGGAGAUCAACGAUCUUACUAAAGAAAGAGAUACUCUAAAAGCUCAAAUUGAGCCAGCUAGUGAGCCUGUAGUACCAAAUCUACGAGCUGCAUUGACUGAAGGUAUAAAACCACUCACGCCAGAUCACUCGAUGUCGUGCAGCGGAGACUCAAUGAAGGAAACAAGAGAGCGAAUAGUAGCGGUUGAAAAAGAAAAUACCAUUUUGAAGCAGGAAAUUGAUCGAUUACGAAAAUUUGCUGCGUACUCGAAUUGCGACGAAAUCGGCGAGCUGAAGAAGUGCCUGGCCUUCAAAGACGAACGAAUCGAAUACUUGGAAAAACAAUGUGACGACAUAGAUGAUUUGGAAGCGAAAUAUCAGAAGGAAAUAGAUGAUCUUAUCAAGGAAAGAGAUCGCCUAAAGGCACAAAUCGAUCCAUCCAGCGUACACGUAGCGCCGAUACUGAUUGAUAGAUCGAGGAAUGAGUAA